UGAUGAAUCAUUCGUCGAUGACUCAUGAUUCCUCCAUAAGAUGGCGGCCUCCCCGCCGCGCUUGUUUCCCAUUUCGCCCACUUGGCAAAACAGUCAGCCAAGAGCUUGUUGCAUUACUCGUGUGUUCAGUAUUGCUUUGUGUUCGUGUUGUGCUCAUUUCCAUGCGAGUUGAACCGAUAAGAAGAAUAAAAAAGAACUGUCCAAUGAAAGAAGUGAGAAGAGGAAAUAACAAUAGAGGAGUUACCCCCAGGGGUUUGUUGGUGUUCCGAGCUAGUAUGAGCCCUCUCCUUCAUUGAAUUCGUUGAUAUUACUCGUGUACCAAUUGAAAAAGCGGACACACUGAGUAUUACCAAGUAUGUAACGCCCCAGAGGCUAUUCCUUGCUAUCGAUAUCAAUAAUUGAAUGCAGUGAGAAAAGGACAGUCAAUGGGCGUGAAAAGUGAGUUAUUGAAAAUCCCCCAAAUUCGAUGAUCGUGAAACAGUGAAACGAGUUUUAAAAAAUCGUCUGCGAGAAGUAAUGGGUGUGUUCAAGGGUAACAAUCGUACAUCUUGAAGAUAACCACAAUCGGCGAAGAUUGUAGUGCCUCAGAAAGUCCAGCCGGAACGGGGAAAGUGAAAAUAGAAAAAAAAACCGAGACUAAAAAGUGAGAAAUUCUAGUGAAAAAUGAGCCUCAGCAUAUCAAAAUUCUUCUCAAAGAAGAAAACCCACACCGAUCAGAGCAUCGGUGAGAUAGGUCUGCCAACGGACGUAGCGCACAAAUUUCACGUUAUAAAAAAUGCGGAAACCGGUAAAUUGGAGGGCCUACCGGACUCUUGGAUUCGUCAAUUGAAUUCCCAGAUAACGAAACAUGAGCAGGAUACCCAUCCCGCAGCGGCUUUGCACGCUAUCACGUUCUACAAUUAUUCGAGAAAGAAGAAACCCCAGCAGGAGCUGUUCAAGCCAUUUGUGACCGAGGAUUUUAUAGAGGAGGAGAGGCAAGAGAUCGAUAAAAUCCUGGCCAAGAAGAAGUACCAGUCUGGUGAUUCUGAUGGAUCAACAUCAGCGAGUUCAACGGACAGCCAACGGCUGCCGGAGCUCCCUCCCAAGCAGAAUAAACCACCGAAACCCGCCCCCAGGAAGCACCAGCAGGUGCAGCAGGAGCGAACAGAAAAGACUCUGACAGAGAUUCUGGAGGAUCUCAACUCCUACACUCUCAAUGCUGAGAGCCUGAUGAAGGACAAUGCGGCGAGCACACCCAGCGAGAGCCCAAUCCUCAGAAGGAAAACCGAUUCGUCAGAGGGCAAGAUGAGCGAUGAGGAGGUCUACGAGAAGUUGAGAAGCAUCUGUCAGUGUGGAGAUCCCAAUCGAAGGUUUGAACGUAGCAGGGAAGUUGGAGUUGGUGCCUCUGGGGUUGUGUUCAUAGCGACUGAUCUCGUGAAUAACGAUAAGGUUGCCAUCAAGGACAUUGAUCUGACCAAACAAUCAAGGAAGGAUCUCAUACUGAUGGAGAUCAAAGUACUGAAGGAAUUCCAUCAUCCGAAUUUGGUGAAUUUUUUGGAUGCCUAUCUCGUUGGUGAUCAUCUCUGGGUUAUUAUGGAAUUACUCCAGGGAGGGCCACUCACUGAUGUUGUCACUGAGACCAUCAUGAAGGAGGCGCAGAUAGCUGCUGUAUGUCGGGAAGUUCUCAAGGCCAUAAGUUUUUUACACUCCAAGGGAAUUAUUCACAGGGACAUCAAAUCAGAUAAUGUUUUGUUGGGAAAGAAUGGUGCUGUUAAAGUUACGGACUUUGGAUUUUGUGCUAAUAUAGACGGCGAUGAGAAGAGACAAACUAUGGUAGGCACUCCCUACUGGAUGGCACCCGAGGUCGUCACCAGGAAGCAGUAUGGCAAGAAGGUUGAUAUCUGGUCACUUGGGAUUAUGGCUAUUGAGAUGAUCGAGGGUGAGCCGCCUUAUUUGAAGGAGACACCACUUAGAGCGCUCUAUCUAAUUGCUGCCAUUGGCAAGCCAUCGAUACCUCGAUGGCAUACACUCAGUGCCGCAUUUCAAAAUUUUUUGGAACGCUGUCUAGCAGUAAAUGUCGAAGAACGAGCCACUGCUGAUGAACUCCUGGCUCAUCCUUUCCUGGACAAUUGCGCCGAAUUGUCCAGUCUCAGGAGACUCAUAGAGGUCGCACAGAUACAAUUGCAAAAAGUAUUUUAGAUUUUUUUAUGUGGGUGGUUGAAAGGUUGUCUUUGAAAAACUUAUUUCACAUGUCGUCGUCGUGUUUAAUUCAUUCGCAUAAAUAUUUUUAAUUAUCUGUUUUUGUGAAUCAUAUGUGGAUGGAUACUGUGAGUCAAUGAGGGGCUCGAUAUGUGGGCAAUUAUAAAAUAUUGAAACAAUAUUGUAGACAUUGAGUAAGUCUUGCGAUUAUUGAAAUAAUUUUAAGGAUAUUUUAGCACAAGUGCGGUCUCCAGAGGUUCCCGGGAUACAUGACUUUUUUCUUAUUCGAAAAAAGCCCGAUUUCUUAUUCGACAUGAGUUAAAUGAAGGGCUUGCAUUAAAAUGCACACUUGAUUUUUUAUGAGUCUCCUCGAACUGAGUGAAUUAAUAAUUCUAUUAUGAAUUACCAAUUACAGUGCUUCUCAUUUAUAAUUCUUUUAUCAACCAAAAAUACAACUAUUUCACGAUUUAUUUCAUGAAAAAAACUUCGAGUGUCCAUUUGACCUCACGAGAUUAAAGCUUCCAUCCAAAUUAAGGAAUUAUGUUUGUAUUAAUUCAGAGUAUUAAAUGCGAUGAAAGGACCAAAUGCAACAUAUCGACUGUAUUUUUCUAUAUAAAUAUCGAACAAAUGUUUUUGAGAGAAAUUUUUAUCGAAAAUAUAUUCCAUCGUGACCCUCGUGCCUAGAGCAUCACUAUAUUGCUCAACUUUGAAUACCAUUAUGUAUGUAACUACCUAAAAUUGUAUGUAUAUAUGUAUGAGAUCAUUUGUAUUGAAUUCUAUCGAAAUUUUACUGAUAUAAAAAUGUGUUUUGAUAAUCAUUA